AUGCCAGAACCCCCGCUCCCACUCCCCGCAGGCAUCACCAGCCGCUACAUCCGCACCAACGACCUAACCUUCCACGUGCUAGAAGCCGGGCGGGUCCAUAACAACAACCGCCCCCUAAUAAUCCUACUACACGGAUUCCCCGAAAUCGCCUACUCCUGGCGGCACGUACUCCCAAAGCUUGCCGCAGCCGGCUUCCACGCCGUAGCGCCCGACCAGCGCGGCUUCGGACGCACCGUCGGCUGGGACACGCGCGGGUAUUCCAGCGCGGACGUGGGCAGCUUCUCGCUGACGAGCCUCGUGCGCGACGUCGUACUGCUGGUGUAUGCGCUGGGGUACCGGGCUGUGCGGAGUGUUGUCGGACAUGACUGCGGCGCGAUGGCGGCGGCGAUGUGUGCACUGGCACGGCCGGAUUUCUUUCAGAGUGUCGUGUUGAUGAGCCAUCCAUUUAAUGGGAGUCCUGAUUUGCCGUUUGGGACUGCUGAUGAUCUUUCUGGGGGAGCCCUCUCGGAAGAGACAGGACCAAAAGAAGGAGAAAAGGCAGGAGAAAGGGGAGAAGCAGGAGUUGAUAUCCAUACUGCACUGGCUCAGAUCGGCCGCAAACACUACAAAUGGUACUAUUCGACCGCAUCCGCAAACACGGACAUGUCCUCGCUCUCCGCGCCAGAGCUGUACACCUUCCUGCGCGGCUACUUCCAUCUCAAGAGCGGCUCCUGGCCCGGCAACCAGCACCCGCAUCCCCUGCGCGAAUGGUCAGCCCCGGAGCUGGCAAAGAUGCCGGGCUACUACAUCAUGCCAGUGGACGCAACAAUGCCAGCCGCCGUAGCACGAGAUAUAACUACAGACCCGACGCAGGGCCAAGCAUCGCAGUCGUGGCUUCCAGACGCCGAGCUGGCUGUCUAUGCAGCCGAGUACAGGCGCACGGGGUUCCAGGGUGGACUGAACUGGUACCGAGUUCGCACGACGGCAGGUGGGCGGUAUUCGCGGGAUGUCGAGGUGUUUGCGGGGAAGAAAAUCGAGUCGCCUUGUGCGUUUAUUUCUGGGAAGCUGGAUUGGGGGAUUUACCAGGAACCGGGGGCGCUGGAGAGAAUGAGGGAUGGGGUGUCGUGUGCGGAUUUGAGGAUUUUGAGGUUGCUGGAUGGUGUUGGGCAUUGGACACCGCAGGAGAGUCCGGAUGAGGUUGUUCGUGCUAUUGUUGAUUUGGUUGGGGGAUUGGAUCGAUGUGUAGAGUGA